GCAAGUCACACUCAUACAUGCUCACACAAGGUCAGAGAGAUCAGAGAUCACUGUCAACAAUGGCAACGUCUUCAGUCCUCCUUAUGUGCAUCCUGGUGACAUGCUCAGUCUGGACAGUCCAUGGGAGAACCUUUGAGAUUACCAUUGAUGAUCAGGAGCAAGUGGAUGUGGAUGUCUCAGUGGAGGCCGGCAAGCUUCCAGGUUUGUGCUGGGCAUGCAAGUGGGCUUUAGGAAAAGUGAAGCGAAUCAUUGGAACAAACACCACCUCAGAGAACUUGAAAUCAAAGUUGAAUAUCAUCUGCGAAGAAAUGGGCCUCUUAAAAAAACUGUGCCAUAAAUUUGUGAAGUCACACCUCGGAGUGUUAAUCGAGGAGCUCACAACCACUGACGAUGUGAGGACGAUCUGUGUGAACACCGGAGCCUGCAAGCCAAAGGAGCUGUUGGACCUGCUCAUUUAUCCAAGAGACGAAGAUUCACGAGUUGACAUUAAUGGAGUUCUCUGAUGUAGUAUGCAAGAGUGAAAAAUCAGCCUGCAAGUAAUUCAUUCAAGUGUGCGACUGGCUGCACAUGGAGCAAUUAAAAUGACAUAACCAAAGAUCUCUUUUUAGCUUUCUUUUUGUUAUUGCAUUUACUUUGUGUGGCACUUUGUCUUGUAGUGUUAUUUAGUUUGCAGUGCUUGUAAUGUUUAUCUCCACUUCUGCAUCUAUAAACAAUUGAUUUCAAUAAACGUUCGCAUUUCAAA